AUGGCUUUGAAACCACAGAUAGGUGGAAGUAUUGGCGCAUCACGAGAUGAGACAGCGGCGAUAUUUGUUUUACCAUACAAGAUUCAAAGAAAACGCCUUGAAGACAUCAAACACUCCAUGUUGAAGAAGAAUAUCCCACUUGCGAAGGCUCUUGACCACACAGUAACACACAUUGUGACCGAGUUUGAGUCUCUAGAACAAGUAGAAAAACAAGCAGCCAAAGAUGGACUCCAACUUCCCACAGCAGCCUGUGUGGUGUCUAUGGGAUGGUUGGUGGAGUGUCUGAAGGCAUCAGCAGUUCUGCCUGUAGAAGAGAGCCAUCUGUUCAAGAAGGAUGCCUUGGAGGUCUUACAGUUGCAUGCAGAGCUCAAAGAUGGCAGUCAGGAUUACUCUCGUGCCUUGGCCUUCAGAAGAGCUUCCUGUCUCUUGAAGUCCUUACCUUUUGAGGUGCGAGAUCCACGCCAGCUGUCUAGGUUGAAGGACAUUGGAGGUCAUGUGCUGCGUGUUGUUACAGACAUCCUGGACAACGGCUCUAGCAAAGAAGUGGAAGACAUUGUCUCAUCGAAAUGGUUUCAACAAAUGAAGAUGUUUACAAGUAUAUUUGGAGUUGGCUCGGCCACAGCAAAGUCCUGGAUCAGCAAGGGCUGGACAACCAUAGAAGAUGUGAGAGGUGCCGGAUGUCCCAGCUCUGACUGGAGGGUGGUCUGGGGCUUAGCUUUCUACGAAGAUUUGGGCUGUCCAGUCUCCCGACAGGAAGCAGACACAUUUGUGGCCAUUGUUCACAGAGAGGCAGAGGCCAUCUGGCCAGGAACAAUUGUGACUUGUGUCGGUGGAUUUCGGAGGGGCAAGGAAGUAGGUCAUGAUGUGGACUUGUUGAUUACCCAUCCCAGAGAAGGAGAAGAGGUUGGUCUGUUACCUAAACUUCUGUCAGCUUUGGCCAAGAGGGACCUUAUCUUGAUCGGACACAGAGAGAAGAAUUCCUACAG